UUUCAAUUGGGAGGAAGACUAAUAUAAGUAAAUGAUCAUGAGGAGUAACGUUCUUCAGCGUUACCAUAAAACAAUGGAGAAGACGACUGCGGUGGAUGCUUCCGAAGACGAUGUGGUCACUCUCACUUUGGAAGGUGAAAAGGUUAUAGUGAAGGAAAUGGCGAACGAGGAGGAAUCUCAUCCAUAUGCUUUUCAUGUCUCUGGGCCCCGCAACGUUUCUUCUCCCAAUUGGAGAGAUCUCAUCAUUUCCAGUUGGAAAGAUGCAAAUUAUAAGAGGACGGUGAUAGCCUGCUUCAUUCAAGCGGUGUACUUACUGGAGCUGGACAGACAAGAGAAGAGAGGGGAAGAAACAGGGCUUGCCCCGAAAUGGUGGAGGCCGUUCAAGUACAGGCUGGUGCAGACCCUGGUGGACGAAAGGGACGGGUCGAUAUUCGGGGCAGUGCUGGAGUGGGACCGGGCAGCAGCGCUGGCCGACCUGGUGUUCAUGAGGCCGAGGGGUGCGCCCACAGCUGUCGUGGCACUGCGUGGGACCCUCUUGAAGGGUCCCACCAUUAGAAGAGACGUGGAGGACGACCUCCGCUUCCUCGCCUGGGAAAGCCUCAAGGGGUCGGUGAGGUUCAGGUACGGGAUGGAGGUGCUUAGGUCGCUGGCAGGGAAGCACGGGAGCCAAAACGUGUGCAUUGCAGGGCACUCGCUUGGAGCGGGGUUUGCUCUUCAGGUUGGGAAGGCGCUGGCCAAAGACGGGGUCUAUGUGGAGGCACAUCUGUUCAAUCCUCCUUCAGUCUCCAUCGCCAUGAGCUUGAGGAACCUUGGGGAGAAGGCGACAUUCGUAUGGAAAAGGCUCAAGUCUAUGAUCCCUUCUUCUUCUUCUUCUUCUUCUUCUUCUUCUUCUUUGGUACCAGAAGAAGAAAGCGGAAAAGAAGGAUCAUCGAAAUCAAGAAAGCAAAAACCCCAAUGGGUGCCACACCUGUACAUAAACAACAGCGACUACAUCUGCUGCUCUUACACGGAUCCAGAGGGAGAGGCGGGUGGUAAAGAAGAGAAGAAGGAUGAUGCAAAGGCGUGGAAGGGCGGGGAUGGGAGGCAGGUGGCGGCGAAGCUGUUUUUGUCGACGGUGAAGGGGGGAAAGCAGAGGUUUCUGGAGGCUCAUGGGCUGGAACAAUGGUGGUCAGACAGCUUGGAGCUGCAAAUGGCUUUGAAUAACAGCAGGCUGAUUAGCCAGCAGCUGAAAUCCUUGUAUAGCCUCCCACCCUCCUCCUCCUCCUCAUCUUCGCAUACAACACCCACAGGCCACACAACACACUGCCGGCUCCGUUCACCUGACAUCAAGGUAUGCAUCGCUGUCCGUCUCUCUUCUUUCUCUUUGCGCUCCGUAUAGUUUUCAAUUGUUGCCCUCUGCGCGUCACUCGCUCUUGCUUAUCACCAGCAUCGACGAGUUAUAUCGACAACGUGCCAAGCUUUUUUAGGUACACUUAAGUGGUGCCAAGAAAAUGAGCAUUCAGAUUACUUCUAAAGCGCAAUUACUAACCUCAAGUCCUAAUUGUCAUUGUGAGCAUACUGCCACAAUACAAGGUGAAUAGAGUGUUAGUGUGAAAUCAUUUGGAGACAAGGUGAACAGACUACCACAAGACUGCCAGUGAGUCUCAAUGACUUCGGAUGCACUUGCAAAGAGAAGUAACAUCUGUUAACGUCCGUGAACGAGAAGUACAAGCAAAGAACAUGCUAUUGGAGUCAAGAAAACAAAAAAGACGGGAAACAAGAAGUGUUUUCGCAUAUUUGUAUUGUGUUGUUUGUAGCAAUUUUUGGUGUACCAAAAUCUUGUUACUUGAAAGUUCUUGGUAAUGAACUGGAUUCUCCCAA